GUGUGAUUUGCCUCUCACCAGCAGAAGUUGAGUUUCAAUUAUAUCUUAUUUUGCUUUACAAUUAUCCCAAAAUUGGCAAUUAUAACUUUCAAACACAAUGAGUUUCAUGGCUUUCUCCUUCUUCUUCUUUAUGGCAUCUUCUGCUUUUUCUGCAGAAGUUGAAAAAUAUGUUCCAGCGUCCCAAGAUUAUCUGCAGAGACACGUUUCUUUCUUUGAUCGGGAUCAUGACGGGAUAAUUUAUCCCUGGGAAACCCUUGAAGGUAUGAAAGCAAUCGGCAUCAGUGACUUGACGGCCAAGACUAUUGCCACUCUGACCCACAUGUCAAUUAGUCCUAAAACUAUCGAGGGAAAUUCGACUGAUCCUAAAUUACCAAUUUUUGUUAAAAAUAUUGCGAAAGCCAAAUUUGAGAGCGACACCGGUAGUUGGGAUGCUCAAGGAAGGUUUAAUGCUACAAGAUUUGAAGAAAAUUUCUGCAAGCAUGCACAUGCACGCAAGGACUCUUUAACAUGGGAUGAAAUAAUGGAAAUGAUGAAGACCAACAAUGUACCUAAGGAUUUCAGAGGAUGGAUUGGAAGCUACAACGGAUGGAAGCUCUUCUACAGCCUAGCUAAAGAUAAAAAUGGACUAUUGCAUAAAAAGACAAUGAAAAAUCUUUACGAUGGAAGCGCAUUUUACCAAUUAGAGAAGGGGAGAAGAUAAGCCGAAAAGAAAUUUAAAUAAACAAAUUCUAUGAGCGAAUAUUAACAAAUCAAUAAUGUGGAAAUCCACUGGCAUUGUUCUUCAAUGGAUAUACUUUUUUAUA